AUGGCAUUUCUUUUUGUUUCAAUAGCUGCAAUUGAUGUGAGCGUUUGCAAGGAACAACCGAUAUUAAUGUGGUUGCAGCCAUAUAUAGACCUGAUUUGCAGAAAUUUCACAGUUCUUCCUCCAAGUUCUGAAGAACCAGGAGCAGCAGAAUCACCAAAGCCUGAUACUGUAGAUCAGACUACUACUGAAGUUCCCGAGUUUGUGGGAGAUUGUGAAUCGGCGACCACAGAAUUGUACAAUGCCUACGUUUGCGGGUUUAUCAUUCUCUUGUGCAUUGAUGUGUUAUUGUUUGUCCAACUUCCGAAAAAUCAUUGCCGAGUGGCUCCUCAGCCAUGUAACUCGAGUUAUUGCAAAAGCUCGUGUUCGAAGAAUACAGAAUGUUCCUGUUGCCCAAAGGAGUCGAAGGGAACGAGGUUGAAAAAGAGGCUGAUUAAAUGUAUAGACUACCACAGAUUUCGGCAAUGCGCGUCAAUGCAAUCGGCAUCUUCCUGUAGUACCAUAGGCCCUUGCGGCCCAGGUUGCACCCAUGGAUCAUGCUGUGGUGCCGGAGGAGCACCGUGCACACAAGGCGAUGGCCCCGCAACUUGCUGUGCUUCAAAACCAAUGAUUCCUGGCGGUCCUUUUACACCCGCCCAUGGUCCCGGAGCCACAUAUCCCAUAAUACCGGUAUCAGCAAAAAAGAGCUCUAUGCCCGCGGGGCCUAGUUGUGGAGGUCCAAGUGGCGGAGGUCCUGCGCCGCAUGGGCCCGGACCUGGAGGACCUGGUCCUUGCGGAAGUGGCCCAGGACCCCACGGGCCUGGCGGUGGCCCAGGACCCCACGGGCCUGGCGGUGGCCCAGGACCCCACGGGCCAGCUCCUGGAGGUGCAGGUGGCUGUGGUAGCAGUCCAGGACCACACGGACCAGGUCCAGGUGGCCCGGGUGCUUGCGGAGGUGGUCCACCAUCUCACGGACCUGGUCCUGGAGGUGCAGGUGCCUGCGGUAGUGGUCCAGCAUCUCACGGGCCUGCACCUGGAGGUGCAGGUGCCUGUGGUGGGGCUCCAAGACCCCACGGACCAGGUCCCGGAGGUCCGGGUGCUUGCGGUGGUGGUCCGGCACCACACGGGCCAGGCCCUCAUAGUGGUACUCCUGGUGGUCCUCACGGAGGACCCCACGGGCCGGGUCCUGAUCAUGCGGGUCCUCACGGUGGUCCUCACGGAGGUCCUUAUAGGCCAGGACCCGCGGGUCCUUUUGGUGGUCGUCCAGGUCCUGGCAAUGUAGGAGCGCAUGAUAUUGCUGGCGGUGGUCAGAGUCCUUGUAAUCCUGGGCAACAAUCUCCUGGUUGUCAAAAGUCAGCUGAUCCUGGGCCACAAGGACAGUCCCAUCCUGGAGAGUCGUGCAAUUCAAAAGGACCUUGUGCAGGAGAAGAAAGCCCACAUGGUCCAAAUGCAGAAGCUCCAUGCGAUUCAAAACCAUGCGGUCUAGGAGUCGGAGGGCCUUCUGGCCCCAACCGCGGUGGACCUUGCCCUGAACAAGCGGAUGAAAAUAUAUCGGAAUCCAAUGCACCGUGCGAUUCAGGCGGUGCUAGCCCUGCCCCACUAGCUGGUGGUGGCGGUUCAACUCAAGACGACCAAAAAAGUAUUUUCUCAACGCAAACUACACCCAGAGCAUUAAUGCCACCAAAUUCAGGACCCCGCAGCGGCAUGGAUCCAUAUAAUGUAAAGUUCAGUCCGAGUGUGCGUGAUUCCUCAUCCAAAGCGCCUUUUCCUAGUGGACCGGGUCCCGGACAUCACAACGCGGCAUCAAAUUUUCCAGGAUCGCCUCCUGAUCAUCGAGGUCAUAUUGUAAACAAUCAGUACAACACUACGGCGAAUCCAAAAUCUGGGCCACCAAAUACAUCAUUUCCUCCAGCAAAUACAAUGCGUGACCAAGAUCCUCGGAACCCGAGUGGUGGUCAAUAUCCGCCAAUGCACUACAAUCAAGGUAAUCGUGGUCCUGUACCAAACCCCCGAACCAUUGGUCAAUAUAAUGCACCGCCUGAAAAUGUAUACGACAGUGCACCGGCUUCACCUCAAUUGCCGCAACCAAAUACCCAGAGAAAGUGCGGAGGCGGGAUGAACAACUACCAACAAGAGACGGACACCAUAAGUAAAACAGAUUCUGAUUAUUAUAGAGAGAAAUCUCCUUUUGAUACGAGUUCAUUAUCUGAAUCAAUGUACUCUGACAGACCCUCAUUGUGUCCAAAAUUUAGCGGAAUCUUGUCCAAUGACAAUGAUACUUCUCGAUGCUCGGAGCAAAUCAUAGCAACUCAAAUGAUUAUUCAAGAUCGAACGGUGGCCAAAACAGCCUCACCACGGAGAAUAACUGAAAAGAAACAUCUUACGAUUCAAGAAAAUCCUGUGGCCAGAAAAACGUCUGCUAGCAAUGCGGGUAGAAAGAUACAGCAAGUGGUUAACGAAAGAUCAAAAUGUAAAGAUGACAUGGAUGUUAAAAUUUCGGCGCCAAAGACCCAAUCAAGCGGCGAGAUGAACCCUAAUAAAUCGCCAUCGUGUAUCGUAUGUCUAAAACCGAUUUCAUCCACUGAGCCUUCAAAGUCUGAAAUUGAGGACAAGGAAAGAAAAUUAACAGAAAUUGCUUGCACAUCAAGUCAGUUGAGCUCGCAACCUACUACAAUGUCUCCAAAAGAAUCAGGGGAGUAUUCAAGUACUGACACGAGCAGAACAGCCACGCCUAAGCGAAAAGGUGCUUUUAAGAAAACAUCAAAAUCUUCCAUCGACAACAGAAUCCACUGA